AUGGAGAGAUUGAAGAGCAGCCUAGAUCAAACUGAACAAAAAGACACGUACAAGAUAGCUUAUAUGAUUCAUUUCCUACUAGGUGCAGGCAAUUUGCUUCCAUGGAACACAUUAAUCACAGUUAUAGAUUAUUUUGGUUAUCUUUACCCCGAAAAACACGUAGAGAAAGUGUUUUCAGUAGCUUAUAUGAGUUCUUCGCUAUUAGUUCUAGUUGUGAUGAUAACAUGGAAUGAUUUGAGUAGAAAAGUUUCUUUUAGAGUUAAGAUGAACUUUGGAUUUACCAUGUUUGUUAUUUCUCUAAUGGUAAUUAUGAUAACCGACUGGGCUGGGAACAUAAGCAUGUUUUAUGUGGUGGUUGCAUUGGUUGUGAUUUGCGGUUUAGCUGAUGGGUUGAUAGGAGGAAGCCUAAUAGGGUCUGCAGGGAAGUUGCCAAAACAGUACAUGCAAGCCGUGUUUGCUGGAACAGCUUCAUCGGGGAUACUGGUUUCGCUCUUGCGAAUUAUAACAAAGGCCUCACUCCCACACGAUCUACAAGGCUUAAGAACAAGUUCCCAUUUCUAUUUCAUAGUCAGCAUAGCCAUUCUAAUGGUCUGCAUAGUUUGUUGUAAUCUAUUAUACAAGUUGCCAGUCAUGGAAUCACAUUACAAGCUACUCCAACAUGACCACCAAACCCCAACCACACGAUUACGAGAUGUUGCAAGAACAAUUCAGUGGCCUGCACUUGGAGUAUUCAUCAUAUAUACCGUAACACUAUCCAUUUUCCCUGGAUUUUUAGCAGAAAAUAUCAAGUCAAAGAUACUUAAAGAUUGGUACCCUAUAAUGUUGAUCACCACAUAUAACAUUGCAGAUUUUUUUGGUAAAUCUUUCAUUGUGAUUUAUACGUUAAAGAGUAUUAGUAAGGCUACUUGGGGCUGUGUAGCAAGGUUGCUGUUUUAUCCUCUAUUUACAGCCUGCCUCCAUGGACCUAAUUGGCUUAGAAGUGAGAAAUUUGUGGUAUUACUGACUUUUAUGCUGGGGUUCACCAACGGAUAUCUUACAAGUGUCAUUAUGAUUCAGGCUCCUAAGUCAGUGUCACCUUUGGAAGCAGAAAGGGCUGCAAUUGUGAUGGCUUUGUUCUUAGGGUUCGGGUUGGUUUCAGGAUCGGUUCUUGGUUGGUUCUGGAUUAUCUAGUUGCCUAAAUGUAUUGCAUCCUUCAUUAUGUUAAAACCUAUUCACUAGUUUGUUGAUCAGAAACUAUUUGCCCCCCCGCUAUAAGAAGUACAGCAUAAAAAGCAAUUAGCAACUUACACCACAAAUUUACCGUUAAAGUGGGAAAUGGGUCAAUUCGGGCUAUGCUUUGUAAUAUGUAUAAUGGUAAACCAAAGGUAAACUGGCUAAAAGCCGGUCAUAAAUUUGCUAAAGUUCUACUUCGUAUUAUUUGUGUAUGAAACUUCCUAAA